GUUCUGAAGCAGAGUUCGGGCAAGAACUCCGUGACCAUCGCGCGCGCCCUCGGCGCGGGCAAGGCGUUGAUGCGGCACCAGGUGGUCGGCAGGUGGAGCGCCGCAGCCGCGAGGCGAAUGCACACGGGGGCGCUCCAGCCCGCUUUGAAGAGGGCAUACCCUUCCGCGCGCGGUAAGUUCAGCGCCAUGGAAGACAACGACCCCACGGGCUACAAAUCUCGCUCGGGCAUGGCGGCGAGGAAGUCCGCUGGCACCCAGACGUUGGACUUGCCGAAGCGGCCCCCUGAUCUGAUGCCGCUAGAUUUCGCCCCCCGGGCCCAUCUGAACAAGCGCAUGAGACGGCAGGAGAAGGACUGGCCCGCGAACAAGACGGAGACGCGGGCGCAGCACCUGGCCCAGCUGCGCCGCACGGCGUCGGCAUUGCCUUCUGCGCGCAUCCACGGCGCCAGGGGCAGCCUGCACAUAUGCCGCGGCUUGCUGGUCGAGGCGAAGGGCGGCCACCUCGCCGAGGCUGCGGGAACUGAGCGCGCGCGCGCGCGGUGCAGGGGGUGCGCCGCGGGCGCCAGGCGCGCCAAGCGCGCCGCGUGCGACUGGUGCGCGGCGCGCGACAGGCUCGUCGGGAAGCAGAGCCAGCAGACGGCGCUCCUCGAGCAGGUCGUCGGCGAGGAGAACAGGAACGCCUCGCGGGAGGUGCGCUCAGCGACCCUGCCGCGCACGGACAAGGAGGGCCUCGAAACGCCAGCGGCUUUCGCCGACCCCGCGCGGCUCGCCAGCCACCGCGGGCAGGGGGUCGCGCCCGUCGGGGCCAAGAAGUUGGUGGUAUGCAAAGAAUACCACGCGCCAGUGGCAGGCGUCCGGCGGGCGCACUGCCGCAAGCCGCGGAGCGCCCUGGACGUUGACUACCUGGCUUGGCCCACGGAGCACCAGCCGCUGACCGCGGCCUGCGAUUUGGAGAGGCGCACCGCGCGGGAGCAGGAAGUGGACCUGUGGCCGAUUGCGGUCAGGUCCGGGAUCCGGAAUUCUCCGGACGACCCCCACGCAGCGCGCAAGUUGACGGCGUGCGCUAGGACGUCUUGCUCGCACAAGGUGGUUGCCUGGAUGUUCAAGAACGAGCACGUGCUGGAGAAGAUCAUCGACAAGGCCUGGGCGUGGAUGAACGUGGACAGCUUCCUCGAAGACUCGACGAAACCCGUCAUGCAACAGGUCACGGAGGCCCUGCGGACGCCUUGCGUUUGCGGCGGCCGCUGGUUGCAGCACGUCCGCGAGAGCCUGUCGAUGAAUCGCAUCGACGCCCCCGACCGGCGCAGCAGCAUCUUGAUGUCCCUGAAACACGGUCGGUGCGAGGCGGCCCCGGUGGUCGCGUUGGCCGGGCGCUUCGGCGGAGAUGGGAAGUGCCUUCUCUUCUCGGCGGCGCGGCCGCUGUUCGGCGGUGAGCACGCUAAGGCCGCGGUGCUGGACGAGUGGAUGUUCAUCGACGGGAACCUCCCUGGCAAGCCGGCGCCCAUCACUAUGCCCCAGAACCAGCACGCCGGGCACAGGGUGUCCAUGGGGUCCGCCCCAAUGUCUGUCAUUUGCCCCGAGGCGGCGCUGGCAGGCCUCUCGUCCGAGUCGUCGCAGCGCCCGCAGGGGCAGGCCGGCAUGCUGCUCCUGCGGCUGCAGCUGUACUUAUUCAUUGUGCCGAUUCCGAAGCCGCCAGCCCCGAAGCUAGCGCCGUGCCCGCGCUGUUUCUCGACCCUCGUCACUAGCGAGGCUCUUAAGUUCAAGCCCAAGUAG